AUGGAUUUCAACGAGUUUGCUCGAGCCUUUGACGAGCCUUCCUCGACUCAGAGCAGCCUAGACUCGAACUCUGCACUGGGGGCUUGCUCUUCACCGCGGAGGAUUGUGACUUCCAUCCACUUUGCCCGCGAAGGAAUCGAACUGGUGUCCAUUGGCGUUUCCAGCAAAACAGCAAAACCGGUCCUACUACUCUGGAUGGUCUUCUUCGUCGUCAAUUCGGAACCUGUGACAGAGGGCGAUUUCAAGGCGAAGGGCUGUAAGGGCACGGUCCUAAACGAUGAAACACUGGGAGAUUUUGUCAUCAACCACUAUGGUCUCCUCUCCCGGGCUUUGACUACGGCGGGUACCAAGGCGUGCGUGUAUGGCGAUAAGCCUGAGAACCAUAGAGCGGGAUCCUCACCUAGUCGGAAUGUCCUUGCUCAUGGCACAGAGCUUGACGUUACCAGCCCCGACUAUUUUGUUUUGACCAUCGAGCUGCUCUCAUCCUUUCCCUCCGACCUUGCCAAGCAGCGCCUACAAUACGUCCGGGACGUCUGUCACCUUGAUCCAAACCAAGAGGAGACAUUCACCAAGUCUACUACCGAAUAUCGAGAAAAUUAUAAGAGCCGUUUGAAGGCCGUUUUCAACAGGCAAUUGGCCAAGUACUGGGGAUAUAGCCUUUCAGGAUCAACCACUGGCUUUCUCACUCGAGUCUCCCACGAAAAUUUCGCAAGGAAUAUGUGUCGGCCAUGGUGA